UUAAUUAAUUAUUUUUAUAAACAAUGUUCCAAAUGUCUUCAUAUUUCGUCCUCCGCUCCACUUCGGCUCGUUGAUCUCGCCUUCCUCUUCUUCCUCCUCCUCCUCCUCCUCGAGCUCUCAUGCCGCCUCGUUGACACGGCAACAUCUUAACCUGUGCGCCUGUAGGUGCGCACGAUAAUGGAGGCGCCGGCGCCGUCGUUUGUCUCCAAGGCCAGGACCGCCUUCCACUCCGCCGCGGCCAAAGCGGAGCGCGUCUUCACUGAUCUCAAAUCUGAUCGAGACGCGGAGAAGCAAGCAAAGAGGAACGAAGAUCUCUCAGAGGAGGACAAUGAAGUGAAGCCUAGAGGAUGGAGAGGUGCAAAUAUCGGAACAAAGCAAGAAUGGCAAGAUAGAUUGAAAAACUUAAGACUAGGGAGGAUAGGAGUUGAAAACCACGAAAAGGCUGAAACUUUAACCAUGGCGCUCCCUUUUGUUGACGAGAAUAUGUAUACUCUUAAAGUGAUACAAGAACAGGAAGCCAAGGCAUCAGAUGUUGCUUCAUUGGUAGAAUCUCUGAAUGCUAUCGAUGUGAACGGUAUUCCUUCUGCCUCUACUGUGAAGCAGCUGGCCGUAGCACUUGAAGCAGGAAAGAGGGCUAAGACUGUCAAAGACUUUGUUACAUCUUCGGGAAGUUCAUCACCAGUGAGGGAGAGGGGGGCCUUGAGCCUCUCUGCAGUGAAAUCACUGGUCCUCGGUGACAAAGAGGAUAAGCUUGGAUUUGAUCCUGGAGACGAGGAUAAACUUGUUUCUCUAACUCAAGCCUUGUUUGAUGCAGAGAGUAGUUUCCUCAGAAGAAAGAUUGACAGUGAUUUAGAGUCUCCAGCGAGCACAACAUCUUUGCCAAAAGAUAUUCAUGCUGCUCCGUCGGGCAGUUUCGUUGUUAAGCUAGCAGAAGUGAUUGGAAGCUUUACAACCCUAAGGAGAAUGACUUUGUUCUGGUGCAGGGUUGUUGAUGAAUUGAGAAGAUUCUGGACUGAAGGAAAGCACAUACCAGGGAUCCCUCUGGACGAGAUUCCGGAUUUAAAAUUUUGCCUGCUGCAUCAAUGGUUACAGGUCAUAAAUUGCUGCCUUUCUAGGAAAGCACGUCGGAGAACUGCAACUGAAGCACUGGAUGCUGUAAUGAGGCAAUCCAGUUUGACUGAUGAAGACUCAGAUGUUUCAGAAGGAACGGCUUCUUCUGUUCCUCUUUUGUAUGCUAAAAGUAAUACCGGAGAACUCAUACUCCGGCUAGGUGUUAAUCACCGAGUUGAGAACUUAACAUUGUUGGAAACUGGUCAACCUGUAUAUGCCCCAAUAACUCAGGAAGGACCUCUUCUGACGGAAGAUCUUAUCAGAGAAACAGAGGAACUGGUUCUCCGGACAGGGAGCAUGGGUGCCGGGUGUUCUCAACUCCUGUCUGAUAUGCAGGCUUUCAAGGCCGCAAAUCCCGACUGUACAUUGGAAGAUUUUGUGAGAUGGCACUCUCCUCCAGAUUGGACCGAAAAUGAUACUUCCCCCGGAGAGGGUGAUUCUUCAUCUUUACGGGGUCGAUUGAGUACUCGGAUGCAGAAAGAAGGUAAUUUAUGGAGAGAACUGUGGGAAACCGCCAAACCCGUGCCCGCUGUUAAACAAACACCUCUCUUUGAUGAAGAUUUAGCAGUGGAAGGGAUCCUGAAUUGUUUGGAAGACAUACCAGCUGCCGAGCUUUUCGAGCAACUCUUUGUCUCCCUAGUUGCCUCGGGAUUUGCGAUGUCAGAACCAAGACUAGCGAAAAACGAUGAUUUGUCGAAGAUGUUCUACAAAUGCAAGGAUUAUGUGGUCGUGACUUGUCAGGGACACAAAUGGAGCGAUAAACUCGACGAUCUCUGCCAGGUCUACGAAACCGUGGAAACGAUGUUACUACGGCCGGAAGAGUUUUUGAGAACGAUGAAGCAAACGGAGGAAUCUCCGACGGGCGAAACCAGACGCCGUUUCAGGCGGCUCGGAUUUAUAUUUCGGGGUAAAGAGAGAGGCCAGAAGAAGCAACAACAAGGAGGAGGAGAAGAGCAGCAGAAAGGUUCAGAAGGAAACCCUAAUCGCCAAUCGUUCUCUAGUUUCUUCGACGGCAAGUCAUCUUUGUUUUCCAAGAGACCUCCUAAACCGGAAAACGCAGACGGCACUGUCGCUUGAUCUCUCUACCUUUUUUCCCUUUUUUUUUUAUUUGGGAAGUGUAUUUUGAUUGGUUGGUAACUGUAAAUUACCAUUGAAAUUUGUUCAGAUAGAAAUGAAUAAAGAUGCUUCAAUAUUUUAUA